ACUGUAACACCCUCCCUUACAAUUUACGAAACAUCGGCGGGAAACUCUUACGCGAGACUCUGGACUUUUGGGACAGAAGAAAACGAAAUAAGCGACGAGCUGCGUAAAGUCGCUGGAUAGUGGAUAAACAGCAAGACAACUUCAGCUGAACAUGAUGCGCAAAAAGAAACGUUCAUCAGUUGUUUCAGUGGAAGAUGGGCCAACCUCACUUGAUGCACCCAAAUCCAAGAAAAGCAAGUCCACUGGAAGGCCCAGCAAAUCAGCAGCUCCUGAACAGGUUCCUGAUUCAGUUUUUGUUAGUAUGCUUCGGGAAUCAGGAGUCACCUUGAGAUUAGGCAACAUGUCUAAUGAGAUUGCUGUGGAUCAAGUUGUCUUUCAAAAAAGAAUACAGCAAUAUUUACGGAAAAAUCCAAGAUAUCCAACUAUAAUUCAAGAGUUUAUAUCUGGCUUGGAGACUCACAUUGAAGACCCAGAGAGAUUUAGGAACUGCCUGCUUCCUUGUGUGCCACGUUCUGCAAGUGAAGGAAGUGCCAGUUCUAGCUCUUUCCAGGAGAGCCUUGUUCGUCUGCUUCUAGGUGUAGAGAUGCUUCAGGCUCCAGUCAUAAACACUUUGUUUGAGAAGCUUCCAGAGUUCAUGUUUGAGGGGGUUGGGGAGGAUGGCCUCAAUAUUCCACAUGUUAUUAUUAACCAGCUGAAGUGGCUUGAUCGAGUUGUGGAUUGCAAGGAUUUAGCGAGUAAGCUGAUGCAGCUGGUGUCUGUAGCUCCUGUUGAGAUCCAGCAUGACAUCAUUACCAGUUUGCCUGAAAUACUAGAGGACUCUCAGCAUGGAGACAUGGCCAGAGACCUCAAUGCUCUGCUCAAAGAAAGCACACAGCUCACUGUCCCCAUCCUGGAUGCACUGUCAAGCCUUAAUCUCAGCUCAACGUUACUGGCCGAGGUACGUGGUGCAGUCAUAUCCACUGUCUCUGCAGUGCAGUUGGAGGACCUUCCCGUUGUAGUGAAGUUCAUCUUGCACUCCAUAUCUGCAUCUGAUGCCAAUGAGGUGGUGUGUGAUCUACGUAAGAAGCUAGAAUUGGAGCAGUGUGUGUUGUCCUCUAUGCUGCAGGCCUCCCAAAGGUCUGAGAAGCAUAAGAAGAUCACAGGAUCAGCAAGCGUCCCAUCGUGCAGCAGUAAGGACAGUGUGGCUCUGGUGCUGGAGGUCAUUAAGUCGGCUGUGCGCUUUCAGAAGAUUAUCUCAGAGGCGUGGCUGAAGGCUAUAGAGAAUGUCAGUGAGCCCGAAGAUCACAAGGUGAUUGAUGUGUUGGUCCUGCUCAUUCUCCACUCCACUAAUGCUAACCAGAGUCGACGUGGGGCAGAGCGGGUGCUGAAGGUUAAAGUGCGUGCUGGCCUCAUUCAGGAAACACUACUGAAUAAGACUUUUAAGGGAUUUGCUCAGGUGAUGCGUGGAUAUUUCCCCUCCAUCCUGGCCCUGGCUCAGGGGCUGGUGCGCUCUUCUGACUGCUGUGUGGUACCUUUUGGAGGACAUAUGUAUAAGCAAGCCUUUACUGCCUUUGACUCAUACUGUCAGCAGGAAGUGGUGGGCUCUCUGGUCACACAUGUCUGCAGUGGUGUGAGUGGGGAGGUCGAUGUUGCUCUGGAGCUGCUGUGUGAGUUGGUAUCCCUGAAACCCACAGAGAUGGCUCAGUAUGCAGUCUUUGUUAAGGGAAUACUGGACUACAUGGACAACCUUAGCCCUCAGCAGAUCCGCAGACUCUUCCAUCUCCUAAGCUCUCUGGCAUUUGGCCAUGACCAACAUGGCAGCCAUAUUCAGGAUGACAUGCACAUAGUGAUCCGUAAGCAGUUGUCCAGUACUGUGCCUAAGUAUAAGCGCAUUGGCAUUAUUGGAGCCGUUAUGAUGGUGGGGAGCAUGGGGGUACGAAGGAACAAAGCCGACUCUCAAGGAGGCACACUUCCCAAAGAAACACAUCGACAGGUAACAGCACUGCUGGAUCUGGUUCGCUCUUGCAGUGAAGGCUCAGCUGAAGCUGCUGCGCUCUAUUAUGACGAGCUGGCCAAUCUGCUACAGACCUGCAAACUGGACCCACUUGUGCAGGCUUGGAUUGGAAAGAGUGUGCUGGAAGAUUUCCAAGAGGAUUUUGUAGUUGACCUUGGACCAGAGAUAGCAGGUUCGUAUCCCUUCCCUGCCUCAGUUAUGUAUAAUCUGGAUGAAGAUGAGAGUCAGGGAGGAAUUGCCAUCAAUCUGCUGCCUCUGAUGGCUCAGGAUGUACCACACAGUGCAGAGGGUCGCAUUGCUCCCAGCCAGAAAAACAGCAGGCAUGUGUCUCCACUCUGUCUUUCAUCAUUUUUCCGGCUGCUGAGGCUGUGUGAAGAAGAACAGCACCAGGGUGACCUAGAGGAGAUUGAUGCUCUGCUAGGUUGUCCCCUGAUUUUGACAGAUAUGGGAGCAGUGGAGAAGGUAGAGAGUUUGUCUAAAGCAGAGCGAGAGUUCCUCUGCUCACUGCUCUUCUACACCAUCAACUGGUUCAGAGAGGUGGUAAAUGCUUUUUGCAAGCAAAAGGACCCUGAGAUGAAGAUGAAAGUUGUAACCCGUCUUCAGAACAUCACCUACCUGCAGACACUACUGGAGACAUGCUUAGCAGACUGCCCUGGCUACACUCCUCCUAUGGCUAACUUUGAUUGUGAGAGUACAGAAGUUGUGGCUCCCACGUCCUCAGCUGCUCCUGCCAAGAAGAAAAAGAAAGAGUCCACUGGGAAGAAAAGAAAAACCUUGGCCAGUAAAAACUCUUCGACAGAUAGUACUCAGAUGGAGGAAGCUACUGAGGAAGAUGAAUCUCUACAGCAGGACCAUCCAGAGAAAGAGAAAGAGGCCAAAGUAGGGGUGAAUCUGUCAUCCUACUGGGCUUUCUUUAGAGAACUGGACAUUGAGGUUUUGGAUGUGCUACAAUGUGGUCUCCUGUCUCGAUCGAUCUUGGACACAGAGCUUCAUAGCAAGGUGAGAGAGGAGGUGCAGCUGGGUUCUUCAGAGCUAGUGUUUUUGCUGGAGGACCUGCAUCGCAAAUUGGACUUCAGUUUAACUGCUGCUCCAGCUAAGAAAGCCCCAUUUCUUAAGGGGAAAGCUGGCAAGAAAGUGGGCUUCUCUCACCUGCAGCAGAAAAGCUCCAGAGAUGUGGCCAAUUUCUGUGUUCAGUUGUUGCCUACACUGUGCACACACCUAGAGAACUGCCACAAUCACUUUCAGACUUUGCUGAGUGAGAAACAGGGUGUGGUGGAUGCUCCUGGUAUAGAUGUGAAGGAGCAGCAGCUCAUGAAUUCAGCCUAUCAUCUCCUCCUGCAGGUUUUGCACACAACCUUCAGUUGGUCGGGAUUCUCCCAUCCGGAACAGCGAGUUCUGUUUAAGAGUGCUUUGGGAGUGCUGGCUCAUCGACUGAAAGAGGAAGAAACAGACCUAACCCUGGAGCAGCUCAUCAAGCAAAGUUUUGAGUACCUGCUGAAUUUCCGCAGUACAGUGCCUAGCCUAAACACUGCUCUGUGCCUGACUCAGCUCCUCACCGUUAUCAGUCAAUUUGGAGGAUCCCACCACACCUUCUUCAGAGAACAUACUGCAUCUUUGACGAGGCAUUUCCUGUGUCAGGAGUGGGUGGAUCCGAGUGGUGUGAAGGAACGCGGAAAGAAACAUAAUGAUGCACUUCGCAGUCUCCUCAUUAUUUAUCUUGCACACACUGAUGAUGUGCUGAAAGCAGUAGAGGAGAUAACAGGAGAGGGGAUCACAGAACUGCUUAAUGCAGCUAAAGAUGCCAGCUCCCGCAGCUGGCCUACACUUAACAGGCAAACCUUCUUGGUGUACUAUAAGGUCAUGAUGGAGGAGCUGGAGAAAAAUGUGCGAAAGCUGCCCCCUGGAAGACAGACGGACAGCAGAGAGAUUCAGAAUGAGAAGCUCCUGACGUGGAACUUAGCUGUUCGGGAUUUCCACGUCCUCAUUAACCUGGUCAAGGUGUUUGAUAGUCGACCAGUGCUUAAUGUGUGUUUAAAGUAUGGCCGUCUUUUUCUGGAGUCCUUCCUUAAGCUGGGAAUGCCUCUGCUCGACUACAGCUUUAAAAAGCACAAGGAGGAUGUUCAGAAUUUACUGAAGACAUUACAGCUCAGUACCAGACAGCUACAUCACAUAUGUAGCCACUCAAAGAAUCGCCAAGACACAGGACUGACCAACCAUGUGCCAGCACUGAAGAAGAGCUUAGAGCAGUUUGUGUAUCGUGUGAAGGCCAUGCUCACUUUUAACCAGUGCCAAGAGGCCUUCUGGCUGGGUAAUCUGAAGAACAGGAAUCUGAAAGGUGAGGAGAUUCUCUCACAACGAUCACAGGACAGUGAAGAAGAGGAUGAAGAAUCUUCUCAGCUGCCAGAGGGGCAGAAUGAGGAAGAAGAGGAAAGCGAUGCUGAGGUAAAGGAAAAUGCCCAGGCUGAUGAAGAGGAAGAGGACGAUUCUGAGGAAUCUGACUGACAAAGCAGAAGACUGCAGCCACUUUAUCCUUUCAUAUCCAUAAAUAACUAGUCAGCAAUAUAUAGCAAACAUACCUACAAUAUUUCAGCUCCUAAAGCUUAUUAUGUCAUUUGUUAUAAUUUUACAGUUUGGUUGCCUUGUAUUGGGAAAAGAUGUCAUGACAUUUUAUUGAGGCUGUGAGAGAAAAGUUGUCUUUUUGUGUUUCAAAUUUGUGUGUAAUCAAGUCUGUUUUAUGUUUGUUGUUUUGGUCACUUUAUAUAAAUUAAUUUCUCAUCA